AUGCCGAAUGCAGGGGAAGCACCACAAGCACUUGCCGAUUGGGUGUCUUAUGUUCAACAUUUGAACAAUAAGCAAACUUUGGCUAUGCAGAACAUGUUACGUGAACAACAAAAUCUCAUACAGAAUAUGUUAGAUCAGGCUCUAUCAAGGGUUACUAUUCAACCCACCCAGUCACCUUCAGGGAUGUCACCAUCUAGGUUACAAGUGAAUUUUCCGGGGCCUUCUUAUGUAGACAACACCCUUCCAAGUGUUGCUACUAGGGCCGAUAGAGGAAAGACUCCUCUAACAUACCCAAAUAAUGUCCCACUGGGUGGUGGAUCCGGAGGACACGCUCAAGUUCUGUGGGUGCAUUUCGGAAUGAAUCCUCAGAAUGUGAACAGACCGGCGUAUCAGAGGCCAUUUCCAGAAAGAAUCAUCAAUGAGCAUCCCCUCCCGAGGAAUUAUAGGCCUCUUGAUUUCCACUCCUUCUCAGGGGAAGAUGGAGCAUCGACUAUUGAGCAUGUGGGACGUUUCACGGCUCAACUUGGGGAAGUGGACAAUAAUCCGUUUCAUAAGUUACAAUUGUUCGGAUUGUCUCUCACAAGAACAUUUUUUUCUUGGUUUGCCAAUCUUCUGCCAGGACAGUUGCAGAACUGGGAAGGUUUGGAAGCGGCGUUUCAUGCAAGGUUUUUUAAUCCUCUUCCAACAGUCUCACUUACCGACCUUCUGGAGAUUAGGCAAAUGCCGGAGUAA